AUGACAUGGCAACUUUGGGCAUGGUUCUCAAGUGAUUACCUGAUGGUCGAUGAACAUCAGUCGGAAAUUGCGUCAGGGCCUUUACCGAAAUGCAACAUGCCGGUGUUAACGCUGGACGAUCCGCUAGUUCGCGAGUACUCCAACCCCGUCGCACCUAUCAACUGCAGUCAUGAAAAGAAUUGGGUGUACUUGACCGAUGGAAAUAUUUUCAUGAUUGCCACCGAUGCCAUAAAGAAGCACGGGCCAAUACGGUGUUCUGCUACCAGUUACAAGCGCGUUUCUGAUUUCACGAUAUUUGCUGCUCGCCACUCUUCUUUUGAACCGGGCCAAAAGAUCCCCACUGACGUCAUCGCUGUGGAUUGCACGGCUGCUGACGGUUCGAGGUACAAAAACGUUCUCGCGGCUAUUGUUCGAGACGAAGCUGUGCUAAGACGGGCGAAAUCGAAAAUUCUGCCGGCUGACGCUUUGGGACUGAACGUGUUCAUCUUGGGAUUUGACAGUAUGUCGCGGAUGAUGUUCAUGAGAAAACUGAAACGAACAUACAAAUUCCUCACUGACGACCUUCGAGCAUUCGUCCUGAAAGGCUACAACAUUGUUGGCGACGGAACGACGAAAGCCCUGACACCACUUCUGACGGGAAGCACGCAAACCGAGCUUCCUGAAACCCAUCCAGGACAUGAGAAUGCCACCUACGUUGACGUUUAUCCAUUUAUAUGGAACGAUUUCAAGGACAUUGGCUAUAUCACGCUUUUUGGCGAAGACUGGCCCGGUUGCGGUACAUUUUCAAUGCGCAUGAAAGGAUUCAAGAAGCAGCCAACCGAUCACUACCAGCGAACGUUUUACAUUGCGGAAGAAGCAAGAAAUAACAAGAGUAACCCCUACUGUAUCGGCAACGAGCCCCAUCACAAAGUGCAUUUUGCGUAUUUUCAAGAUUUCGUCACCUCCUACCUCACAGAUAAAGACCUACGUGUGUUCGCAUUCUCUUUUCAUUCGAUUCUCAGUCACGACAGUUUCGAUUACAUUGAAUUUGCGGACGAUGACACGGUUCAGCUGCUAAAAUUUUUGCGAGAUAACGGCUACUUGGAAAACACCAUACUCAUGUUCAUGUCUGAUCAUGGCCAACGAAUGGCAGACUACAGACAGACCGAGCAGGGCAAGGUUGAAGAACGUCUUCCGUUUUUCAGCAUUUACCUACCACCAGCAUUCAGGAAGAAGUAUCCAAAUGCUGUAAAAAAUCUUCGUCUGAACGUCAAGCGCCUCACAACACCGUUCGACAUCCACGCCACCAUGCGUCACAUGAUCCAUUUCACCAAUCCCAAACGCGGCUCCCUAUUGCAGAGAGGGAUUUCCUUGUUCGACGAAAUUCCCCUUGAGCGAUCGUGCGCUGAUGCAGGGAUCGAACCCCAUUUCUGCGCCUGUGUCCCUUGGUUUAACGUGGCAGUGGAUGAUCCGGUUGUGAAGCGCGUUGCAGCGGCAGUCGUCAGCAGGAUCAACGAACGUACUGCCAAAGCAAGAAAAUUCUGUGCAGAAUUAAGCUUGUCGACGAUAAUCAAGGCUUCGGAUGCAGUGGUCAGUGAGAUAGUGAUGAAAUUUAAGAAGAUGUUGGAUUCCGACGGUCUCAAACCAGAUCUGAGCGGUACCGACAAAGCUAUGGAUAAACAUUAUCAAGUGCACAUUGUCACGAAGCCAGGUGAUGCACAUUACGAAGCUUCUGUUGCAGUUAGAAAAGGGAAGGAGGUCCUGGUCGACCUCGAAUCUGUUUCUCGCAUCAACUCGUACAAAGCACUUUCCCACUGCAUCAUGGACAAGGACGUGUAUUUGGCGAAAUGGUGCAUCACGCGACAGACGAUCAAAUUGACAAACUCGCAAGAUUUGCAGGCAAUCGCCCUCUCAAUCUGCGCAGAAUUGACUUUAAGAUUUUACGGAGGUGGUGUGAUCUGCCCUCAUGAUGCAUUUAAAUCUGAAACGUCACCUGUGCCUGAAGCGAAAUGCAGCAUGCCAGUUCUAAUGCUCGAUGAUCCAAUAGUUGGCAAAUUCUCUCAGCCUGUCGCACCUCUUAACUGUAGUUCUGAAAAGAACUGGGUCUAUGUGAAAGAUGGCGAUAUCUUCAUGAUUGAUCCAGAAGUGCAGAAGAAACAUGGUGCCAUCAGCUGUUCCAUCGAAUCUUUCGAGCGCGUUUCUGACUACAGAACGUGGUCACGAAAACUUGCUUAUUUUGCCUCAGACCAAAGGAUUCCCAGCGAAUUCUUCGCCGUCGAUUGUAAGGCUUCUGAUGGUUCCAGGUAUAAAAAUAUUCAUGCGGGCAUUGUUCGAAACGAACAGACGAUACUGCGAGCAAAGUCCAAGGGUCUGCCGAGCGACGCGUUGGGAAUGAACGUUUUCAUCUUGGGAUUUGACAGUAUGUCGAGGAUGAUGUUCAUGAGAAAACUAAAGAAAGCGUACAAAUUUCUCACUGAUGACCUUCAGGCGAUCGUCUUGGAAGGCUACAACAUCGUUGGAGACGGAACAACAAAGGCUUUGGUCGCACUUCUCACCGGAAGCAAAGAAACUGAGCUUCCUGAAACCCGAAUAGGACAGAAGAACUCUAACUUCGUUAACGUUUAUCCACUUAUAUGGAACGAUUUCAAGAACAUUGGCUAUAUCACACUUUUUGGUGAAGACGAGCCUGCCUUUGGCGCCUUCGCAUACCGUUUGAAUGGAUUCGACGAGCAGCCAACGGAUCACUAUCAACGAACGUUUUACUUGAUGGAAAAAAUUAAACGUUAUAGAUGUAAACGAUACUGUGUCGGCAAUGAGCCCCAUCACAAAACGCAUUUUGCAUAUUUUCAAAACUUCGUCACCUCUUACCUCAAAGACAAAGACCUCCUGGCGUUUGCGUUCUCCUUUCAUUCUGUUAUCAGCCAUGAAAAUAUCAAUGAUAUUCAAAAUGCCGACGAUGACAUGGUUCAGCUAUUGAAAUUUUUGCUAGACAAAGGCUACUUGGAAAAUACAGUACUCAUGUUCAUGUCUGAUCAUGGCCAACGAGCAGCAGACUACAGACAAACCGAGCAGGGCAAGGUUGAAGAACGUCUUCCGUUUUUUAGCAUUUAUCUGCCACCAGCAUUCAGGAAGAAAUAUCCAGAAGCUGUAAAAAAUCUCCUUUUGAAUUCCAAGCGCCUCACUACACCUUUCGACAUCCACGCCACCCUGCGUCACAUGAUCCAUUUCACCAAUCCCAAACGCGGCUCUCUAUGGCAGAGAGGGAUUUCAUUGUUCGACGAAAUCCCCCUUGAACGAUCGUGCGCUGAUGCAGGGAUCGAACCCCAUUUCUGCGCCUGUGUCCCUUGGUUUAAUGUGGCAGUGGAUGAUCCGGUUGUGAAGCGCGUUGCAGCGGCAGUCGUCAGCAGGAUCAACGAACGUACUGCCAAAGCAAGAAAAUUCUGUGCAGAAUUAAGCUUGUCGACGAUAAUCAAGGCUUCAGAUGCAAUGGUCAGUGAGGAAGUGAUGAAAUUUACGAAGACGAUGGAUUUAGACGGCUUCGUGCCAGAUUUGCGUGGCACCGCCAAGGCUCUCGAUAAGCACUAUCAAGUAAACAUUGUAACAGAGCCAGCUGAUGCACAUUACGAAGCUUCGGUUGUGGUCAGAGACGGACAGGAGAUCUUGGUAGACCUCGACUCUGUAUCGCGUAUCAACCCAUACAAAGAUCUUCCGCACUGCAUUAUUGAUAAAGAUGUGUAUUUGGCGAAAUGGUGUGUCUGCUAUGACCGCAUGUCUUAG